AUCUGUUUCUACCCUAAGCCGCGACCAAGCAGAAACUAAGCAGAAACCAUACAAAAAUAGUCACCAUAGAUUGAACGGAGAUUGCCCCUAUUUAUUUAGUCUCUGGAUGGCGCGAUUGAUGGUCUGAUAAUUAGGGCAAUUUUGGGUUCACAAAAGGCGAAACACUGAACCCUUGCCAUCAUCGUGACGAUGGUAGAGCCAACCCAAGGUUCGCAGUCUGGAGGAGGGGAAAAGGAUCCAAAUGUCAAGAUCCACGUGAAAGCCCAACGACCACCUGCAAGACAGACAACCAGCGAUUUUUCAACAGACCUUGGCAAUGCACUAUACCCAAGUCUUCGAUUAGCUGGCUUUGCUGGUAAGUGUUUUACAUAUUUUGAGCAUGUCUAUUUCUAUACUAACAAUCUUAUAGGUGGAUCUGGGGUUUUGUUUGGGGGGUUUACGGGCAUUUUAACAGCUACGAAAUAUCCUAUAAUUCGUGCUAUCAGUACCGGAGUGCAAUUUUCUACCUUUGCAGCAACAUUUGAUGGUAUGUUCACUAGCCUCAAGUUUUCUCCGCCACUAAUAAUAACCAAUUGCUAGUAUCGAGGAGUUCUAUUUUACACUAUUUCGGUGGUGAUGUAUCCCCAAAACAAAAAGUACAAGCGAGUGCGGCCGCAGGAGCACUUGGCGGAGCACUAGCUUCUACAAUAAGUCAGUCACAUUCUCUGCUCACGGAAACUCAUGCUGACAAUUUCAUAGGAGGAGCAUUACGAGCAGCUCCAUCAGCUAUAAUAUUUGCAGCCUUUGGAGCUACCGGUCAAUGGGCCUACACUCGCAAUAAAGCACAUAACAUGAACCGAGGACCAGAAAAUAAAAAUGCAGAAAAACAUUCAUGGUUGAACUCAAGAUUUAGUCCCGUGAAGGUACUCACGGACAAGGAGUAUAAUGAGAUGCUACAGGAGAAAUUGUUGAAUGUUAAUGCUCAGAUUGCUCUUAUUGAUGAGAGUAUCGAGGCUUUGAGACAGCAAGAGAGGGAAGAAGCCGCAAAAGCGACUGGCGAGAAGGAGAAGCCCAAGUCAGGUUCUAGUUGAUACGAUAUGAUGAGUUUGUACAGUAACUGUUAUAUUUAGAAUGCCCAGAAGUAAUGGAUCCAUCUCAGCACC